CGGGGUGGGAGACUCUAGUCUCCGGUAAACUGCUCUCUGCGAUGAAUUAAACGCGCCCUCACACUCAAGCUGAAGAAAGUCGAGUCAACGGAUGGGGAACACGACGGAACAGGUCUCCGCCUUUUAAUUGGUCGCCGGACGGAACUUUGCUUCGGUUUCGCUCUUCAGAGUUGCUCUCUCACUCGUGAAAUUCUAGGAACCCCCGUCAUUCUUGGAAUCACAUUAAUAGGGCACAUCUAAACCCGGCAGUCAUUAUCGACGUCCUUCGCCUGGCGGUCUCAGUGUUCAUUCGGGCUUUGAACUUGGUGGAGACGGAACGCAGCGGACUCUUUGAAUUUCAGAAGUGAAUUAAAUAAACACGACUGGUGUUUAAACAUUAUUUAUUUUGUUUAUUAUUAUCUACUGCAAAAAGAAAUAGUUGCAGAUCCUUCCUCCUCCUGCGUUUUCAUAACCGCCACCCUACGCUGGAAGGCGAAACGUUACCCGCGAAGAGGAUAGAUUCGAGUGAACAAAACUCCGUCUUCUUCAAACUCCGAGAGAGUCCAGCCUGGCCAAUUGACAUGUUACUUUGCCUGCGAGGACCUUUGCCGGUACAGCAAGGAACAAGAACCAUCAGUCUACCCCAGUCCAGGUCAGACAUAUUCAUUUUCUUGGAGCAACAGGAGAACAGGAUCCCGAGGAACGUGCCCCCGAUGACCUUCCAGGAGGAGAGUGCUCCGGUGGCGCCAGGGAGGGGGCUGAGCGUGGAACCCACCCCAAGCCGGGACCCUGAGGACGACAUGCAAUGUCUGACCACUACUCUCCGACAGCUGGACCUAUCAGGAUGGUACUGGGGCUCGCUCACUGCCAACGAGGCCAAGCAGCAGCUCAACAAGAUGCCGGAGGGGACCUUCCUCAUCCGGGACAGCUCGCACCCCAGCUACCUGCUCACCCUGUCGGUGAAGACCAGCCGCGGCCCCACCAACGUCCGCAUUGAAUACAGCAAUGGCAAGUUCUGCCUGGACUCGUACUACCUCGCCAAGCCCAGGAUCCUGGCCUUCCGGGAGGUCCUCAGUCUCAUCCAGCAUUACGUCACCUCUUGCACCGUGGACCGGUGCGACAAGGUGGCGGACUCCACGGCCCUUCCGCCCAAGGACACUGCCAUCCACUUGAAGCUCAUCAAACCCCUUCACCGGAAGGACUGCUUCCCCUCUCUCCAACACUUGUGCCGAUUGACUAUUAACAAGACCACCCGUGGAAAAGUGGACAAACUCCCCUUACCAAAACCCAUACAGAGGUUCUUGGAAGAGUACCCAUUCCUCUUCUGAGGUUCAUCUAGAAGGAGGGCUGCUGGGGGAUGGGGUGGGAAGUGGGAGAGAGGUGCUUCUUUUUGGUCUUGGCUGAGAAAUGGCCACUUCAUGGGUGCUUUAGUAACAUUGACAUGGAGUAGAUAUGUGCCACAUAUUUUAUUGAGUUCUCCAUGGACUUGGUGGACUAGACCUGGCAGAUUUGUUCCACAACUAAAAUGUGAAGCAAUGCAUCAUAUUUGGAAUACGUGGAUUGAGUCACUGACUUAAUAUGGAACAGAGUACAGAUCUGCAAAAAAAUUACAUACAAUUCUACAGCUUUUAUAUUAAAAGGAGUGCACUUUGAACAUUUUUAAGGUUACUGUAUUUAAGAAAAUAAUGACCAAAAGCAAAUGCAAUAUUUUCUAAUAAAGUAUUAUUAAAUCACUUUGAGUUUGUAUUGAGAGGACUAUUCACUGUGAGGGCCAUUGUUGGAAUUAGAAUUGCUUUAUUAUUGUCACUUUCAUGGUGAUUCUGUUUGAUCAAGGGCUGAAAGUGUAAACAGAAGCCCAGUGUGAAUGGAUGCUGAGUUCCCGUUUGGAGAUCGUCUCGAAAAAUAACCGAAAUGCUACUGUGGAUUAGCUAUAGAAGGGUAGACACUCAGGUCUUGCUCUGGUUUUUUAAAAAAAUGCUCUUACCAGUAUUGUUAUG